UACAAACACACACACACACAUCUCCCCCUCUCAUCAUUUCCCUUCUCUUCUUCUUCUUCUUCUCCUCUUCUCCUCUUUUUUUCUCGAAUUGCGGCGUUACGCGAUGAUGAGUUCGUUUCUGGGCUCGAAUCUACGGCCGAAGAUCAGCGGCGCGCUCGACUUCCCGAUGAUCGUCAUACGCGACAACGAAUCCGGCGCGGAGAAGCGGCGCGUGGUCGACGAGAUGGACUUCUUCUCGAGCGAAAAGAAAGAGCGCGUCGAGCGGAAGAAGGAGUCGGACGCGAACGUCCCCGAUCUCCGCAUCAAAAAAGAAGAUCUCACCAUCAAUAUGGGUUUACACGUUGCUUCGAGAAACAGUGUGAUCGAUCGCUCGGUAGAUGAUGGGUUGUUGUCGAACGAAGAGGAGAAAGAAACCAAAGCUGAGUUAGCAGCAGUGAGAGCCGAGCUUGGGCGCAUGAACGAAGAGAAUCAGAGGCUUAAGAACAUGUUGAGCCACGUAACGGAAAAUUAUAACUCACUUCACAUGCAUCUCAUCACACUCAUGCAACAAAAAAACCAAGCAAUCCAUGAGCAGGUCAACGGCGAAAAGAUCGUCGAAUCGGCGAAAAAGGGUUACGAAGGCGCGAUCAUGCCGCGACAGUUCAUCGCCCUCGGAUCUGCGGCUUCGCUCGUCGACGAGGCCUCGCACUCGACGACCGAGGGGGGAAGCGGCGACCGAUCCGCGGGCUCGCCGACGGUGAACAACAACCACGAGGUGAUCUCGAUGGAUUAUGGACUAAACAAGAGCAGCAGCAACAGCAACAGCAAUAACAACAACAACAAUAAUAAUAUAAGCAAGGAGAGAUUAUUGGAUGGGAGAGAUCAUGUGAUUAGGGGCGCUUUUGUUAGAGAGGAGAGCCCGGAUCAAGUGUCGCAGAGUUGGAGCAAGGGAACCAAGUUGAUGUCACCUACAAAGAGCUCGGAUCAAGUCCACGAAGCCACCAUGAGAAAGACUAGGGUUUCGGUUCGAGCUAGGUCCGAAGCACCUAUGAUCAGUGAUGGAUGCCAAUGGAGAAAGUACGGGCAGAAGAUGGCGAAGGGAAACCCCUGCCCCCGGGCCUACUACCGCUGCACCAUGGCCGCCGGCUGCCCCGUCCGCAAACAAGUGCAAAGAUGUGCGGAGGACCGUUCUGUGUUGACAACCACCUACGAAGGCAACCACAACCACCCGCUCCCCCCCGCGGCGAUGGCGAUGGCGUCGACGACCACGGCCGCCGCCUCGAUGCUCCUGUCGGGCUCGAUGUCGAGCGCCGACGGCCUCACGCCACCGAACUUCCUAGCGAGGGCCGUGCUCCCGUGCUCGUCCAGCAUCGCCACCAUCUCCGCGUCCGCACCGUUCCCCACCGUGACCCUCGACCUCACGCAUUCGCCGACCCCGCUGCAGUUCCAUCGACCGGCGGCUCCCCUCGCGUUCCCACCCCCCGUGCCGCCACCGCCACCGCCGCCGCAGCUCUUCGGGCGGGCGCUUUACGACAGCACGAAAUUCUCAGGCCUGCAUGCGUCGGCCGGCGGUGGCGGUCCCGACAACGCGAAGGUGGCGGAUUCGGUCAGCGCGGCGACCGCAGCCAUCGCGGCGGACCCGAAUUUCACCGCGGCGUUGGCCGCCGCGAUAACUUCGUAUAUCGGAAAUAGCGGCAGCAGCAGCGGCGGCGGCGGUAGCAGAGUCGAGAACAUGAAAAAUAACAAAAUAUAUGAUAACAAGGAUUGUAGUGAUCACAACAUGGGAGGAUAACUUAAACAUAGAGCUAAUUAACUAUGAGUCUUAAUCAUCAUUUUGUUUUUUUCUCGUUUUUCUCUCUUUGAUAAUUAAUUUAAUUUAUCAAGAAUUAAUCACAAACGCAGUGUUCUUUCUUUUUUCCAACUUUGACCAAGACAAAGACAAAACCGAGAU